AUGUGUUGCCUACUCUUGCUUCCUGUCUUGUAUCUAGCCUUUCAUGUCGCUCAGGCUGCCCCAGCCGGCCCGGGUGAUCGUGAAACCGACUGGCAACACUACCUACACGGAUGGUCUCCGCAGCAAAGCCCCAUCUCGCCGAGUCAACAUCAAGGUCCGUGGUCAGGUUCCUCUCAAUCAAGCGUUGGACCGCAGCACCCAGCCGCCAACAAUUGGUCGCCUGCAAACGCACCCAACUCCCAGUUCUGGGGAGGGCACGCCAAUGAUGCCCAGCCCUCUCAGUCAUGGGAUCAUGCGCUGACGCCGCCAUAUUCGUUCUCGACACACGACUACUCGUAUACGCCUCCCGAGCUGAAACCGGAAGACCUCGAGUUUCUUCAUGAUGCUCUGAGGGAUUCAGACACCGAUGCACCUCGCCCAGGCGGUGAAUCCAGGUUUGUCGGAGACAGUGUUGCAGCGAAUGUAGUUGAUCCUCUUGGAUUGGGCCAACGCGAAGCGAGUGCGAGCUCAGUGCAACCAAAGGUUGUCGGGGAAGACUCUCAAGUUGAACGUCAGAAACGUGCUAACAGGCGAAGAAGAGUGGGUUGGGCAGCCGAGCCAGAAUCGUUGCGAAUGAUUCCUUAUGUGGAGCCACUGAGAAAGGAUGGCGAACUAUCGGCGGCGAUCGUUUUCAAACCUAGCGAGAAGCUCAUCCAGGACAUAAGCUCUCGAAUUUUUGCUGGCAAACUGCGCGUGGUUGAUGAGCGUCUCUUUUCCUAUUUUCAUAUGAACGACUACUACAGAAAGUGGCCGAUGUAUAGGCGCAGUCGUCGUCUUUCUCUUUUCAGCACAACCGCAACAGGCGGAAGGACCAAGCUCAACAUACACAUGACGGACCAUCACACUUUCGGUCAAAGCAAGAGGCUUAAAGGGACCGUACUCGAAAACAAACGCUACUACAUGUUUUUCGGCGUGCCCGAGACGCUGAAGGCAAAGAACACCAUCGAGUAUUACGGCGCCGGCUACAUCAACGCGGAAGACCAUCCUGCUGUCGACCGACACCUUGAGCCAUUGCUGGAUGAAUUGAAAGCUGCAGCCGAGACUCGAUUGUAG